AUGGCCCCUCCUACUUCCCCUUCGAAGAACGAUAUCGCCGUCAUCGGCUACUCUCUCAAAGUGGCAGGCGCAGACGACCCGGAAGAGUUCUGGAACUUGCUUUGCUCUGCUCAGUCCCAACACCGGGAGGUGCCUCUCGACAGAAUCCCCUUUGAAUCCCACUGGCGCAAACUUGACCCCAACCGCCGGUGGUACGGCAACUUCCUCAACGACUCUGACGCUUUCGAUCACAAAUUCUUCAAGAAGAGCCCACGAGAGGUGGCCUCUCAGGAUCCGCAGCAGCGCCUGAUGAUGGAGGUCGCCUAUCAGGCGGUGCAACAAUCCGGAUACUUCAGUCUAGCGGACGUCGAUCAGCACGUGGGCUGCUAUCUGGGGGUUUGCAAUUCCGACUAUGAGACCAAUGUCGCCUGCCAUGAACCGAACGCUUUCACAACCACCGGGAACCUCCGGAGUUUUAUCGCUGGGAAGAUCAGCCACUACUUCGGCUGGACGGGCCCGUCCAUGACUCUUGAUUCCGGGUGUUCCACCGCGGCAGUCUCGGUGCAUAUGGCGUGUCAGGCCAUCCUGGCUGGCGAAUGUUCGGCCGCCUUAGCUGGCGGCGUAAAUGUUAUGACCAAUGGAUUAUGGUUCCAGAAUCUGGCUGGUGCCUCAUUUCUUAGUCGGACGGGCGCCUGUAAGCCCUUUGAUGCUAGGGCGGACGGCUAUUGUCGGGGUGAGGCUGCAGCGGUGGUGUUCCUUAAGAAGAUGUCUGACGCGAUUAGCGACGGAGACGUGAUUCUUGGGUGCAUCUCCGGAACAGCGGUAUACCAGAACUUGAAUUGCACGCCUAUCUUUGUGCCCAACUCUCCUUCGCUUUCGAGUCUCUUCGCGCACGUCACACAGAAAGCAGGGCUGGACCCGCAGCAGAUCUCCUUGGUGGAGGCCCACGGAACUGGCACCGCUGUCGGAGAUCCCGCAGAAUAUAGCAGUAUCUUGGAGGUGUUUGGCGGAUUGAAAAACCGCCAGACACCCAUGAGUAUUGGAUCUGUCAAGGGCCUGAUCGGACACACGGAGAGCGCCUCUGGUGCGGUCGCAUUAAUUAAGGUGCUUCUGAUGAUCCAGGAGCAGGUGAUCCCGCCCCAAGCAAGCUUUCAGACUCUGAGCCCUCACCUCAAGGCGUCGAGCUCUGACAUGCUGGAAAUUGCAACAUCUAUGAAGAACUGGGACGUGAAUCAUCGGGCUGCGCUGAUCAACAAUUACGGCGCUUCGGGCUCGAACGCCUCCUUGAUCGUCACUCAGCCCCGGCAGCAUGAUGGCGCUGGAUCCACCGCCAUCCAUGCUGAAGGUCUGAAGCACCCCUUCUGGCUGGCUGCUCUUGAUGACCGAAGUUUGCUGGAGUUUGUUACUAGGCUGAGGGGUUUGGUUCGGUCCAAGGCCGUCUCAGCAAGAAACGUCACCCUGGCCAAUCUGUCUUUCAAUGCUAGCCGCCAAUCCAAUCGCAAUCUUCCCACUAAUCUCAUUUUCAGCGCGAACUCGAUCUCUGACUUGGAUGACAAGUUGAUGGCAUACAUCAAUAAGAUCAACAACAGUGUAGCCCGCACCCCCAAGCAUACGCCGACUAGGCCGGUCAUUCUCUGCUUUGGUGGCCAAAUCUCGAGGUUCAUCGGACUGGACCGCGAUGUUUUCGAUGGUGUCCGCGUAUUGCGAGAUCACCUUGACCAUUGCAAUUCGAUUCUACAGGCUAUGGGGUAUCAUGGUCUGUAUCCCGAAAUUUUCCAGACCAUACCGGUGGAAGAUCCGGUCAAACUUCAAACCAUGCUGUUCGCCAUACAGUACUCCGUGGCUCGGACAUGGAUUGACUGUGGAGUCGAGGUUGCGGCCGUCGUGGGUCACAGCUUCGGUGAACUGACGGCGUUGUGCGUCUCUGGCGCAUUGAAGGUGGAGGACGCUCUUCGCAUCAUCGCAACACGAGCUCAGCUUCUGCAGGACCUGUGGGGGCAGGAGCGCGGAGCGAUGAUGGCAAUCGAGGGCGACCUGGAUCACGUGGAGCAGUUACUGGCCGAAGCCCACAAGCUUACCCCUUCAGAGAAUACUGCCACAAUUGCUUGCUAUAAUGGACCGCAGAGCUUCACCGUGGCAGGAUCAACCAAAGCCAUUGAUGCGGUUUCUGAAGCUAUCUCCAGCAGCCCAGACUCCUCGUCAAUGCGCACAAGGAGGUUGGAUGUUACUCAUGCUUUCCACUCGACGCUUGUUGAGCUGACUCUAAUGGACGGAUUGAAAAGGCUGGGGCAGACUGUCACCUUUUCACCAGCAUCGAUCCCUAUGGAAAGGGCCACUGAGACGGCUGGCGAAACGCUCAGUUCCUGUUUCUUCGCUCAGCACUUACGGAAUCCGGUUUAUUUUAACCAUGCUGUGCAGCGGUUAGCAAAGAAGUAUCCGUCUGCUAUCUUUCUCGAGGCUGGAUCGAAUUCAACUAUCACGGGUAUGGCUCGCCGGGCUCUUGGAGCGCCUGCCCAAAGCCAUUUCCAAGCGGUCAAAAUUACCAACGGCACCCAAAGCCUCGAUAACAUCACCGAUAUGACCACCGCCCUCUGGAAAGAGGGGCUGAACUUCACUUUUUGGCCGCAUCACAGAUCGCAGACUUACGAAUACGGGCCUAUCUUGAUGCCGGUAUAUCAGUUUGAACGGAGCAAACAUUGGUUGGAUGUCAAGGUGCCCAAAGAAGUUGUGUCCACCCCUACAACUGAGCCGAUCGGAGAAGACCCUGUUCCGGAAUGUCUGUACACAUUUGUUGGAUACCAAGAUCCUAAGCAGCGUGUAGCUCGAUUCCGCAUCAAUACCACAACCCAGGUGUUCAAGGAUCAUCUCAAGGGUCAUACCAUCGCACAGACCGCUCCAAUCUGUCCGAUGACCCUCGAAAUUGACAUGGCCAUUGAAGCUUUGAGAAGCUUGCAGCCGGGUCUCCGAGAGUCAAAAUACAUUCCUCGGAUCCAGUAUAUCCAGAGCAAAUCCCCGCUAUGCGAAGACCCUUCCAGGGCCGUCUGGCUAGACCUCGAAGAGAAUGAGAAGAGUACCGGAGGUCGCACAUGGGACUUUUGCCUGGCAAGCUCGGGUAGCGCCGGAUCCGCCACGACUGUGCAUGUUUUUGGGAAAAUCACAUUCAGUCUGACCGAGGAACCCGAGUUUCACGCGGAGUUCUCGCGAUACGGGCGUCUAGUCGGUAGCCAUGACCGUUGCAUGCGCAUUCUGAACUCAUCUGAUGCGGACGAUAUCAUCCAAGGACGAAACAUCUACCGAGCAUUUGCCGAAGUCGUCGAUUACGGUAUUGAGUACCAGGGCCUUCAGAAGCUGGUCGGAAAGGGCAACGAGUCUGCUGGUCGUGUGCUCAGAAAGCAUGCUGGAAAGAGCUGGCUCGAUAUGCAUUUAUCUGACUGCUUUGCUCAGGUCGGUGGUAUCUGGGUCAACUGCAUGACAGACCUCCCAUCCAGCGAUAUGUACAUCGCUAAUGGGCUCGAGCAUUGGGUUAGGUCUCCUAAGAUGGAAUCCAGAUAUGGUCAAGUUGAGACGUGGGAUGUUGUUGCUCAUCAUGAAUACAUUGAGGAGGAAAAGGCGUACAUGACAGAUGUCUUCGUUUUUGAUUCCGCCACGGGCGCUCUAGCAGAGAUCAUGCUCGGUAUCAAGUAUACCAGGGUGUCAAAACAGGCAAUGAGUCGGAUGCUGACCAGGUUGACUCCCAAUCUGAAAAUGCAGCCUGCUAUGCCGCCGAAGGUUGCUCUUCCAGAUGUGUCCGCCCAAGGUACAGUUAGUGCAGCAUCAAUGGGGCCAGCAAAUAUGGUCGGUUCCUUGAAGGAAGCCAACCUUGUGUCUCGGUCUCAGAAGUUGAAAGACUCAUCCUCGGGCAACGACGUUUCUCGAGGCGUGAGAGCCGUACUUGCCGAGCUAUCUGGUCUGGAUGCUCUCGACAUCGCAGACAGCACGCAGCUUUGCGACAUCGGCAUCGACUCGCUCAUGGGCAUGGAGAUGGGUCAGGAUCUCGAACAAAAGUUUCAGUGCUCAAUCCCCAUGUAUGACUUAGUGGAUCUCACAACUGUGGGCAGUCUGAUUGAUUACAUUCGUGGCACUACCACGCCUGCUUCGUCUGAUGAUGAUCAGUCAUCCUCAGCGGAGUCAGCCAGCGACGUGUAUUCCGACUCAGCCACUACAGUUUCCGGGGACUUGAAUGUCUCGAUAACCAGUGGGUUUAUGCCCUUUUUGGCAGAGUUCCUGGGGGUUGCAGAACAUGAUAUCCGAAAUGAUGUUCCACUCGGAGAACUUGGAGUCGAUUCACUUCUCUCCAUGGAGCUGUCAGCUGAUUUGGAGUGCAAAUUCGGGCUACACUUUCCACAUGGACAGGUUCUACAGGAGCUCACAGUAUCCGACGUUGAGAAAAAGAUAACCAAGUCACUGCCUACAAGUCCCGGUUUCUCUACCCCUAGUGAGCUUGCAAGCCCCGCUACUGUCCCGGAAACUGCCAAGUCAUACUUCACGGACAGGAACCUCCAGAUACCGUCUGAAGCUGUCAUGCAAGCUUUCAGUGAGAUUAAGUUUCUCACAGAUGAAUAUAUCUCUGACUUCGGAGGCGCGGCAUAUUUGGAGACAAUCAACCCUGCACAGGUUCAAAUGUGUGUUGCCUUGAUAGUUGAGGCCUUUGAGCAGCUCGGCUGCUGCCUGCGUACGGCCCGUCAGGGACAGGUCUUGCCACGCAUUGAGCAUCUUCCCAAGCAUCAUCGCUUGGUUGAGUACAUUUAUCAAGUUCUGCAGGAUGAUGGCCGAUUGGUCAAACUCGACGGAAACAUCGUUGUUCGAACGCAGAGGCCUGUUCCCCACGACUUGAGUGAGACCAUCCUGGAGAAACUGAUUCGACAGCAUCCUGGCCUUGAGAAAGCCCAUAAGCUAGUCUACUUUACCGGAAGACAUCUGGCCGAUGUGCUGACCGGACAGGCGGAUGGUCUUCGCCUGAUAUUCGGCAGCGAAGAGGGCCGGCAAUUAGUGUCUAGUCUUUACGGAGACUUUCUGUUCAACAGAUUACACUACAAAAUGAUGGAAGAUUUUCUGCGACGGUUGAUUGAGAGACUUCCUGCCCGUGAAGGCCCUCUAAAAAUAUUGGAGAUGGGCGCUGGCACAGGAGGCACUACCAAGCAGCUUGUGCCCGCCUUGGCCAGUUUGAACAUCGCUGUUGAGUAUACCUUCACCGACAUCUCGCCGCUGUUUCUCGCCAACGCUCGCAAGGAGUUCAAAGAGUACUCGUUUAUGAAGUUCCGAGUGCAUGACAUCGAGAAGGCUCCCGCGGAUGAUCUGCUGGGUAGUCAACACAUCAUCAUCGCGAGCAAUGCUGUUCAUGCGACUCGUAAUCUGACUGAAUCUACAAAGCAUAUACGGAAGGCUCUGCGGCCCGACGGUUUUCUGAUGAUGCUGGAGAUGACCCAGCCACUGGUGUGGAUUGAUAUGAUCUUCGGUCUUCUCGAGGGGUGGUGGCUGUUCGAUGAUGGUCGAUGCCAUGCUGUGGCCGACCCGUCACGAUGGGAGGCAGCUCUUCACGCAGCAGGCUAUGGCCAAGUCGAUUGGACGGAUGGAAACCGACCUGACGUUGGAAUCGAGCGCAUCAUCGUCGCAAUGGUCUCUCCAGGGUCAAGGUAUGAGCACCAUCACCGUUCCCUGCCGCAACCCCCAAGCCCACCCGCUGACCCCGACUUGGUGGCUCGACAGGCAGUAGUGGACGCCUACAUUCGACAAUACACGCAGGGAUUCACUGCUCCGGAAUCGCUGCCGGCACCCAGAACAUCACUCAAAGAUGCGUCCUCUGCAGCCAUAGUACUUUUGACUGGUGCGACCGGCAGUCUAGGCUGCCAGUUGGUUAGCCAUCUCGCCCACCGGCCUGACAUUGCUGGUGUGAUCUGCCUUAAUCGCCCCGGUCGCACCCGCAGCAAGACGCCAACCCAGCGUCAGCAUGAAGCCCUAUCUACGCGGGGGGUCACCAUGAGCACUUCCGCGCUUUUUAAGCUGCAGGUCUUCGAGACCGACACGUCGAAGCCCCUCCUCGGUCUGACUCAAGCCGAGUACACUCGCCUCAGCUCAACCACCACGCACAUCAUCCAUAACGCCUGGCCCAUGAGCGGCAAACGCCCUGUCGAAGGAUUCGAAUCUCAAUUCCGAGUGAUGCGCAAUUUACUCGACUUCGCCAGCCACGUAUAUACUGGCUCUCAGACUAAGUUCCAACUCAUCUCCUCGAUUGCCACAGUCGGCCACCACCCGCUCCACACCGGUAACCCCAACGUACCGGAAUCCCGACUUCCACUCGACUGCGUUCUCCCCAAUGGCUAUGGACUCGCCAAGUAUAUCUGCGAGCGCAUGCUCGACGAGACUCUCCACCGUUUCCCGCAUGUGUUCCGAGCCAUGUCUGUCCGAUUAGGACAAGUAGCAGGGUCGCGGGUAAGUGGAUACUGGAAUCCGCAGGAACACCUCCCGUUCCUCCUGAAGUCCUCGCAGACUCUUGGAUGUCUCCCUGAUUUCAAAGGCGCCGUCUCGUGGACUCCUGUGGAAGAUGUCGCAGCUACCUUGGGGGAUCUGCUUCUUCCCAGGCAAGGAACGGAGGCAGAAAGCAGGUACCCGGUCUACCACAUCGAGAACCCGGUCGGACAAUCGUGGCAAUCCAUGCUACCUCUGUUAGCUGAGGGCUUACAGUACUCCCCGGAAGGGGACGGCUCAGAGACCGAACAUAGAGUUAUCUCCCCUGUCCCUUUCGAGGAAUGGAUCGACCGUGUCCGGACCUUCUCUGGUCCCGUCGAGGAAAACCCUGCAUCUCUGAUGGUGGACUUCCUAGAAGAGCACUUCCAACGGAUGUCUUGCGGCGGAUUGAGAUUGGAGACUGUGCGGUGUCGUGAACACUCGGCCACGCUGGCGGGGGUGGGUGCUGUGGAUGCAGAGGUGGUGAGGGGGUAUUUUCGGGGAUGGAAGGCGAUGGGGUUUCUGAGGUCGUGA